GGUCCGGCGGGGUCCCCGAGUAGGGCGGAGGAGAGGGCUGCGGGCGGCUUCCUCCCCGGCCCGCCCUGCUCCACGCCCCCCGGCGGCUGGAGGGGGCGGCCCCCGCGCGCCCCCCGCGGGCCUCCCGCUCGGGGCCUGCCUCCCUGCGCCUCCGUCUCCGCCCCCAGAACCUGCGGCCGCCAGCUCCUAGCGCGCUGCGCCGGCCGGCGGCGAGAUGGGCUGCGGGAACUCCACCACCGCCAGCGCGGGCGCGGGCCGAGAACAGAAGAAUCCAUAACAGAAGAUGACAAGAGGAGAAACUAUGGAGGAGUGUAUGUUGGUCUCCCAUCUGAAGCUGUCAGUAUGGCAUCCAGUCAAACAAAGGCUGUGCAAAAAAAUUAGAAGAAAAUACCAUGACUCAAUAAUCAAGAGCUUGCUCAUCAAGAUUUGGAAGGAAUUUCACUCCAUGGGACUUUCUAAUCUGCACAGACAUUUCCAAGGAAAUUCUAAACAGUCGCCUGGCCCCAACCCCCCAUCCCUUCCAAUUCUUAAGUCUGUAGUUAAGGCCAUGGGUACAUGUUGAAUGUUGUGGUACUAGAAAGGAAUUGCUUAAAGAGUGCACUCGUAUAUGGAACUCUCUGUGGUCCACCUGCGGAAGACAAGCUUACAGGCUAUCAGAGGCGUCUCUCGCCCUGCUGGCCUCCAGCGGCAUGUUCACCCUGGCCACUCAACACAGUUCAUGAAGAUCAUGUCUUUUCACGGAUACUUUUUUGAUAGUUUUUGUAUAACAAGAUCCUUAUUCUAUUUAUAACUUAAGAUAAUAAGGCAGUAUAAAUGAGUUCCCUAAAGUAAUAUAUUUGUGUAUCUUUCACUAUUUCUACUUCACAUUAAUUUUUAGCUGUGAAAUUGUUAAAUUGAUUCUUACUGUUAUCUCUUUCCCUUUUUUACUAUUUAGUUUUUGGCUUUAUUUACAUGUCAGAGACUUUCCUUUAUUAGGAACAAUGUAUUACAUUGCAAUAUUUAAAAAUAAACUUGAAAUUUGCAUGCCAUGUGCGCAUUUUGUUUACCUUCCUAUUUUCUUUAGUCAAAGGCUUGUGUAGCUACAAAUCCUUCAUAGCCAUUGAGUCUCCCAUUCUACCUUUGUGUGAUCAUGGCAUCUCAUCGUGUUAAUUCUGUACUAUUUUCAAGGACUCGUGACUGAUGGUUAGAUGGGGUAUUUGGAAAGUUCUUAAUUUGAUAAUGACCAUGUGUAUCCACUUAGUACUACAAUGUAAAUUACUCAAUUUACCAAUGUAUUUCAACAAUUAAAACAUU